CGAAAAAGAAGGAUGGUGUGCCAGAUAUGGUGGAGUAUUAAUCAAUGGACUGCUACCCGUUGAAACAGAAUUAAUUGGAGUUCCGGACGUCGAAGAAUCAAAGUCUUCAAAACUUGACCUUUGA